AUGACGGCAGGGCUGGCCGUUACGAACCCUGAGAUCAUUUCCGCAUUUACUUCCGCCGUCCCUCUACAGCGUCUUGGUGCAAGGGAGGACCUCAAGACUAUUGUUGGAUAUUUGCUAAGUGACGCUGCUGCAUAUACGACAGGAAGUGACAUCCUAGUCACUGGUGGCUUGCAUUCUGGUCACAUGUAA